GUCAGAGUUUAGAGAGACGGACCGAGACGUUUUGCAGCGCGGGUCUUGCGAGCAUUGGAGGAUACCAAAGUUUGACAUCUCACUCAAAUAAAGAGAAGACGUUUUUACCGGAGAUUCUAUGGAUUUUUUGUGCCUCCAGUUAAUUCUUGCCAUGUUCUGAGGAUCAAGGAAAUUCAAGCCUCGACGUCUUGGCUUUGAGCCUCCACUCUACCUCCUCUCCGGACCCAGGUUUCUAGAGUUUUGGUUGACCUGCUUCUGAGAACCUUCCACCUGCCUGUCCACCCUCCCACGGUGAAUACCCCCUUUUAUGGAAAGGAUCGAAAAGAGAGAAACACUGAGUCUGAAGAACCAGGAAGCACUUUCCCUUCAGCUGCACCCACCUGCCAACCUCAACCAUCGUGGAACAGACUUAUUCGUCCCAGGCUUAGCUGAGAGCUCUGCUUUCUGAGAUCCCAAUCCUGCCCGCUGAUCCAGUCCUGGUUCCAGAUCACAAUUACUCCUAGACAUGUGGAUAAGCCUCACAUUGUCACUUAUUGCUGCCGUGGCGCUGGGCACAGAGGUUUCCCUCCCUCAGGAUGUGGGCUCAGUGGAUACAACUGAAAACCCAGCAAAGGACUUGCAGGUGAACUUCAGCUACGCUGACUUAUCUUCUCUGUAUGGAAAUUCCAAAGCUCAGAUCUUGGCAGCCCAGUUUGAGUGCUACCUGAAGAUGAUUCAUGAGCCACUCCGAACAGAUGAAGGCCCUUUCUGUAACCGUACAUGGGAUGGUUGGAUGUGUUGGGGCGACUCAGCACCAGGGACUGCCAUGCAGAUGUGUCCUGCAUACUUUAAAGACUUUGACACUAUGGAAACAGUCACCAAAAUUUGUAAUCCUGAUGGCCAGUGGUUCAUCCAUCCAAACAGUAACAAAGUCUGGACUAACUACUCACUGUGUAAUACCCACAAUGAAGACAAACGCAAGUUUGCUCACAGUCUCUAUUACCUGGCUAUGGUCGGUCAUGGUAUAUCCAUUGUUUCCUUAAUCGUCAGCUUGGUCAUCUUCUCCUAUUUAAAUAGUCUUAGCUGUCAGAGGAUCUCUCUCCACAAAAACAUGUUCAUCUCCUUCAUCUUCAACUCUGUUUUUACCAUGGGCUGGCUUUCAAUGAUUUCAGCCGGUAGCCAAUCCAUAAGUGCCAUCAACCCUAUCAGCUGCAAGAUUCUGGCUACGUUGGUUCAAUAUACGACUACUGCCAACUACUUCUGGAUGCUGUGUGAGGGCAUCUAUCUCCACACACUCAUCAUAGUGGCUGUCUUUGUUGGGGAACAACAGCUCUUUUGGUACUAUAUCCUGGGAUGGGUUUUCCCCAUCGUUCCUGUUCUUACAUAUGCUGUUGCUCGUGGAUUCUACUUUAAUGACACAUGUUGGAUCAGUGCAAAUUCCCACCUUCUCUACAUCACUCAUGGGCCUAUCUAUGCUGCACUUUUUGUAAACCUUUUCUUUCUCCUGAAUGUCGUCCGGGUCCUAAUCACUAAGCUGAGGAAGACACACUGCGCUGAGUCUACAACCUACAUGAAGGCAGUCAGAGCCACCCUUAUCCUGAUCCCUCUGCUUGGAGUCCAGUACAUUUUUAUGCCCGCUAUAUCAAAUGAAUAUCACAACCAAGUCAUCUUUUCUUUUGUAUGUGUCUUUACCAACUUCCAGGGACUCCUUGUGGCAAUUAUUCUCUGUUUCUGCAAUGCAGAGGCCCAAACAGCACUGCGCAGGAAGUGGGCUCAGUGGCAGAUCGCCUGGGGGAAAACUGGCUGGGGAGAAACACCUUAUGUCAGCAAUCACUGUCAUACCAACUCCUCCAUCGUGGAAUCCAGCCAUGCCACUGGGACCGUGGAGGUGCCCACUGCUGCUUCAUCUCAUCCUCAAACUACCAAAACUGCCACUUCGUGUCUGCGGUGCAGCAUGGAGCCAAUGGGCAGAAAAAGACAGGAUAAGGACACACAAACCGAGACCAUCAACCUCAGAAUGAAUAAGCAACAGAGAUAAUGGUUGUGGUGCCAAGCACACACAGCAACUAAAGCAACUCAGAUCUGAUAGGAGUGAAACAAAAACAUUUCUUUACGAAGCAAAAUGCCAACUGAUUGCUUUGUAUGUACAUAAAUGAUAUUGUAUUUACAAUCUCACUGAUAUUUUUACACAAUCUUCCUGUAACUAAUGGAAUGCCUGUUGACUAUUUCGGAAAAUUGUUAUAGAAUAUCCCUUGGUAUCCAAAGGAGUCACCGCAUGUUGCCCAUUAGAAAGGAGGCAGACAGAAAACAUUAAGGGACUGAUGUACAUGAGGUAGUUCAGAGGCGGUCAUCUAUUAUUUACAUUAGGAACAGAGGCUACUGUAUGAGCCAGCAGUGAAUAGGGGAUUUGCUGUUUAUUCACUGGUUUUAGUGUCCUAUAUUAGCAAUUAGCAUUGCUAGCAUUGCUAAAACCAUUUUCCCUAUGUGUAUAUUCUAAAGAAUUCAUAUCCUUGCCUCAACUCCAGCAUACCUUAACAUUUCAAAACAUUGCAGCAUGUCUGAAUCCAGCUUGUUGCUGGGCACACAGAUUGAAAGCUCAUAAGGAUACUCUGUUCAGCCUUCCUGUUAUCAGCUUUAUGUAUUGCUCUCUCUCUCUCGCAAUCUGAAUGAACUGCAGGUCUAUCUUGACAUGUCUUUGGAAAAAAUGUUUCCUUUUAAAUAACUUCUUCCAUUUCUGUGUUUCCUCUGACUUCAUUUUAAACUCCCCAUUGACACAGAAAAUAGCAGACUUUAAGUUUUCACCACUCAGUUACAACGUCCACAUCACAGAGAGUGUUAUCGACACAAGCUGGUAGUGCUAAGUAUGGUGUGUUCAUUGAUUAAAAAGAAAUAAUUGGAUUUUGCUGAUUUUCUGACUGGCCAAUCACCUGUCAGGGUCUAUCAAGCUAGGCAUCAGCUGAUUCUGGUCAUCAACCAAUUUCUCUCUGCACUUGUAAAGGAAACCGAAAUUGUCAUUGUAAGGUACCCAGUCAGUAACUGUUUAGCCCUCAACAUAUUCAGUGUUUGUUUCACUGUUGAAAACUCUAUGAAUAAUGAAGUGUUUCUUAAUUGGUAAUGAGGUCAUAUUGAUGCACAGUUGGGUGAAAGUUGUUAUUACUGGGUACUAUAUGUAAAACUAACCUGCUGCCUGGAUUUCUGGUCAACAGCUUAAUGCAGCCUUUCUCAAAUCUGCCUACUUGUAGAUUAGAUCUUUUUAUUUGAAGCCUGUAGCUCGAGACGGCAACCUGAAAAAUCAAAGCACAUUUUUACUGUAAACUGAGAAAGUUCAGUGGCGAUUUGAAAUGUGAGUCAAGUUGAACUUUUAACUGACUGUUAACAAGAGGCACAGUUUUCAAGUUGAUAAAUCCUGUACAUAGCAUGUUCAGAAACACUUUGGCUUGUAUUAAGGUGCAAGUUAGGAGAGUAUGGGUAAGAGGUUUAGGGUUCCCCCUUUCAUUGUUGUGAAUCUUUCCAGAGAAAAAUAUGUGCUUGAUUGGCCAACACCUACAGUUUAUAUAAUGACAAUUUUCUGUAUUGCAGCAGGAAGCCUUAAUUUGAAACAUCUUUUAUUCUGAAAAUACACUUCACUUAAAAGUAAACACUUUUGAAGUGCUAUACAAAUUCAUUUGUGCACUCAUUUGUGCUGACUGAAGUGUACUCUUUUGCACCACAGUCAGCACUGCAAGGUUCAUUCAUAAAAUUUGUUGUUAGGGUUGUUAUGUUUCGGAUGCCUUUAAAUGUUGUUACUAUUGUUUUAUUUCUACUGGUUUGUGUCUUUGCUGCAAAAUAUUUUUGUACAAAUCCAAAAAACUAGAUAAUUUAAUGUCACCUCUGGAGCUGUAUUUUCAUAUCUUUCCUGUGUAUCAUGCUGUAAAUACUCUGGCAGGCUGCAGUUCUAGCCAAUGUUGAGACUUUAUUGUAAAACUACAAGAACUUUGACUUGAUUGAUGCCAUUACGAGACAGAUGCAUAUACAGUUUGCGAAAAAUCCAAACUUUCCAGUCUAGAUACACGGAUGUGUCGUAAAUAAAAGACAGCUGUGGUAUACUGCAACAGCCGGGAAUGAAAGGGCUGUGUGACAUUGUGUUUCAGGUCACUUUGGUCAGAUUUGAGAAGCAUUCCAAAAAAAAAAUACAAAAUCUAAAGAAAUGUCAAUGUUAUAUUGCUGCUGUUUAUAUUUAAAAAAUUAAUGUGAGAAAAUAAAGUUCUUGAUACAUAAA